AUGGAACAACGGACAUCAACAAUGUAUAUACUUGAUAGAGCUGCAUCAGAAUUAAGUGAUGGAAAUACAAGGCAAUUUUACUAUAGCAAUCGCUCUUACAGUUACCGAAAACAAGGUAACAAUGUUAGAGAAAUCAAAUCUAUGGGUAGUAAUAAAACUGAACGAGCCUGUCCAUCGUUGCUAAAAGUUACUAUUUCCAAAUUUGAUGGAAAAGUGUCCACAUCAUUUUGGAAAACUCACUGUGGGCAUAAACUAGAAAUUGGUCGAAUUCGGUUGGAUGAUGAGACAAGAACAAUUAUUGCCGAAAAACUAAAGGAGGGAGUUACUUUUAAUCGUGUGUUAGAUGCUAUUCGUGAGGCUGAAAUAUCUCCAGAUACUUUUAAUCGUUCAUGCCUCUUGGAACGUCAAGAUUCAUAUAAUAUAGCACGUGAUUUUAACAUAGAUUAUGCAACGAAACGAGAUUCAAAAGAUAGUAUUAGUGUAAAACUAUGGGUCACUGAAACGAAAUUAUUAUGUUUGCAGUACUAUACUAUAUUUCUAGUAACCUAG